AUGGACCCCGCCGUCGCUGCGCGUCUAGCGGCAUCUCCAUCCGCGAACACCUCUCGCUCUCACCCGGGCUCCUCGCCCUCUACAAUGCGCCUGGUCCACUCCGGGUCAGCUACAGGUCUCAACGGCGAAGACGUAAUUACCAACUCAGCUGUCACCGUCGAACAGGCACUUGCGGCGCAUGCAUCUACUCCAGACCCGGUGCGCGCCGCGCUCGACUCCGUCCUCCAAGAGCGCAACACCCUUAGUGCUCAGAACUCCCAGCUCUGGAACCACCUCAAAAAGCAGCGAAACAAUUAUCAAUUAGCCGUGGGCGAUGUGAAGCGGAUUCGUGCAGAAAGAGAUGCUCUUCGCGCUAAGCUUGCAAAAUAUGAGCAUCCCUCCGGAGGAGAGCACUUUGACGACAAGCGGCAGCGACCAUCUACAAGUAAUAGUCCCGCCGAAUCGAAUGUGGACACCAAAGGGGUCGCCUCUCCAGAGUCCGGUCAUCACCAUUAUCCAAUUCCCAAGUCUAAGGUUUCAAGGCACCACUCGGAGGACAGGCCGGUGUUCGUGCCAUUAACCCAGCCUGAUAUGACAGGACCAUCAAGAAAGCGCUCUGCAUCGCGUGAUCAACAUACACAAUCAUCGUCAUCAUCAUCUCAUAUGAACGCUCGAGAGACGUCUAAGGGACAUCAUAGAGAGAGAAGCAAUACCCACCCUGAGUUCACGACACCCACUUCGAUAAAUGGAAGUGAACCUCCCACCUCACCUUCAUCCCCUAUCGAGGUCCAUUAUUCUUCAGGACAUGAGCGAGAUGGGAACGGCUCGACGUCGCGAAAUCCACAACAUAGUACUUCCCCUCCUCCACUGGUGAUUCCGACGCGGUCAGAGUCGCUUCCCUCUGGCUCCUCGACCUCCAUGUCCGAUGCUUCUCCCUCUCAUCGUGUAGUUGUAAAUGGAGAGGUUAAAGUAGUUGAGGAUCCGCUAAGCACAGCAAAACCAUCAGUUUCGAAGGUUUUCAUCCCCGCUGUCAGUCCACCCACGGAUCAUCCUCCUGAAAAUACAGUUCCGACGAAUCAGCCACCGGAUUCUCGUGUUUUCACCUCAGAUGGGAAAGGUGGUAGCGCGGCGACAAGCUCUUCUUCAGUUAAUCUUACACCAAAUUAUUUGACGGCGGGCUCGGCUCGCAAAGCUUCCCGGGAAAGCAGAAUCAGUCUUCCGGACGAAGCAAAACAUUAUUAUGCAAAUUUGGCGGAUUCUCCUCUGGCUUCGCCUCACGUCGGUGGACCUACAGAUGGAUGGAAUUACACGAAACGGCCUACCAAUGGCGAAUCUUCCCUUGCUCAAGUUCCCGAAGAAGGUGAUAGCCGGGGUAAUGAAUCUGCGAGUCCGCGACCAUUUCUUGAACUUGAUACCACAGAUGACAGUGAAAGUGAACAUCGGGCUAGCGGAGACGCUCGAACGCGCGAGACAGAUUCUGAGCUGGAUCCUGAGGGUGCAGAAGGAAAUGAAUAUAGAUACAUUCCUAAUCGGGCGGAGUCACCGGCUCAUUCAGAGUCAGGUCAAGUGCCCAAAGCGCGCGGCGCAAAGACUACAGCUGACCAGUUCCCGUUGCCUCCAUCUACGUACAACAUACCUCCACCUCAGUCACCCACUCAGCUUCAAAGCGCGAACGGAGUAGGAGGAGGAAAGACAGCCACAUCAAUUGCCUCGGGGUCCUCGCUUAUGUCCUCAUCAAAUACUUUAGCGCUGGAUGUGGGGUCACGACGCACGCACGACAAGAUAGACUCCUUCAUUCUGCCCACCAGCCAGCCGGCGGCCACGUUCCGUCAGAUGCCUCUUCUUGACACCGAUUUGAAGACAUCAACUGUGGAGGUAGUUGGCAGCCAUAUACGGGCGAACGAUAAGGGGAAGGAGGUGCUGAGCUUCGUGAUCGCGAUUCACGUUGUAGGAAAGGAGUCGUGGCAGAUUGAGAAGUUCUACUCGGAUGUGCUAGCCCUUGAUAGCCGGUUGCGUACAAGGUGUAGUCGAGCUACCUUGAAGAAACUCGAGCCCCUCCCAGACAACAAACUCUUCAAAGAUCACGCCCCUGCAAAAGUUGAUCAGCGUAAAAGGAUGUUACAGGCAUACUUGCAGUCUGUUAUGAAGCUGCCGAUCAAAGAUAAAAACGAGAUCAUUGUGUUCUUUUCCUCGGACGUCGUUCGUGAACGUUCUCCGGUCACAAGGAGCGGAUACAAAGAAGGUUAUUUGACAAAAAGGGGCAAGAAUUUUGGAGGCUGGAAGACUCGUUACUUUGUUUUGCAAGGGCCGGUUCUUGAAUAUUAUGAAAAUCGAGGAGGCGCGCAUCUCGGAUCUAUUCAGAUCGCAGGUGCACAGAUCGGAAGACAGCAGAGAGCUGGGGGCAAAGGCGAUUUGGACGAUGAAAACGAAUUCCGACACGCGUUCUUGAUAAUCGAGCAGAAACGCGGUCCAGCAGGUCAAAAUACACGACAUGUUUUGUGCGCAGAAAGCGAUCAAGAGCGCGACGCUUGGGUAGAGGUCCUGGUACGAUAUGUCAUGGGAUCGUACAACGAAGACGAGAAAUCAACGGUAAGCUCGACGAGCCCUGUGACGAACUCAGUCCAGAACGGCAUCAUCCAGCCGCGUACCUCGAUGAGCUCACUUAACCAUAAUGAUUCUACUCCAACAACGAGACGCGUUGUUUCGAAGGAUCAGAUACAAAAGAGCAAUGUAAUGCCCAUACCCAUUUCACAGUUGGCGGUGGAUGGCUCAACGGCGAAGUUCUUCCAAAGUUUCGGCCCUGCAAGCCCCACCAAAUCACCUGCCGACAAGGGAUCAGUAUCAAGCAUACCAUUUCUUGAUAGCUCCGGAAAGAGCUCUCUUGACCGUGUCAGUGCUGAAGAUUCCCAGCAAUCAAGCUCGUUACCUAUCACUUCGAGCCUCUCGGAAGCCACGCCAACGCUCGCUUCGAUUGGCGAACGUUCAAUUUCCGAGUUGGGUCACUACCCGGACCUACAGACAACGGACAAACACGCCAUGUCUGCCGAUCCUAUGCGUCCUCAGGAUCGCACUCGUGCAUCAUACUAUCCCACCCUGGCCCCAGUUGCUCCUUCGCCGACAGAUCGCCCAUCUUCACCCGAGAAAGGUAGUCCUGCAGCAGCAUCACCAUCACAGCCCAAGGAUGAUGUUGGUAGACUAAGCAAGAUCUCCGGCCCUCUGAAUGGUGUACCAAUUCCUGCUGGAUAUAAAUUUGGUAGCAAAGAGCCGGUUCCUGAUCAGCAACCCUCCAGUGAUCGUGAGAGGAAGGCCAGGUCUCGUGCCUUUUGGCGGUGGACAUCUGCUAACGACAAGGCCGCCAAUGCACCGACCUUUCAACCUCGCGCUGUCUUCGGUGUACCGCUGGAGGAUUCAUUGGCUGUCAGUCAGAUUGCAAAUCUUCCUGCUAUUGUUUUCCGGUCUAUCCAAUAUCUGGAAGCCAACAAGGCCGAUCAGGAAGAAGGCAUUUAUCGUUUAAGUGGGAGCUCUGCUGUGAUUAAGAAUUUGAAGGAUAGGUUCAACGCAGAGGGGGAUGUGGACCUACUAACUUCGGACGUAAGGGACCCCCACGCAAUUGCGGGGCUCCUGAAGACCUUCCUUCGAGAACUACCUUCGAGCCUCCUCACCCGUGAACUGCACAUGCGUUUCCUUGCUGUCAUGGAUUUCGUUGACACUCAAGAACGCAUCAGAGAGCUACAAGAGCUUGUCUCACAGCUACCGCUUGCAAAUUACAGCCUAUUACGUGCAUUAACAGCUCAUUUAAUUCUUAUCGUGCAGAAUUCAAAUAUAAACAAAAUGACGAUGAGGAACGUGGGCAUCGUAUUUAGUCCCACCCUUGGUGUUCCAGCGGGAGUUUUCAGCUUAAUGUUGGGCGAAUUCAAUCGUGUGUUCAAUGUUAAUGGUGAAGGUUCCGAUUCAUCGGUGGACGAAGAGGAUACUACCAAGCCAGCGCCUCAACGUCUGUCUGGAGGCCUGAGUCGUCGUAAUAGCAAGCGGUACUCCGAUGCUGCCGCCGAUCAGCUUCUUGGACUGUCAGGUAGAACACUGCCAACUACGACAGAGGACCAAUCUGACGACGGUGACGACCUAUCUGUGCAUGACCAAGAUGAGAGCGACACAACUACAGAGGCAGACGCGGAGACAGAAGGAUCCGUUCGGGUUGGUUCGCCAGCCAUACAAUAUCAAGAACAAGUACAUCCACCACCAGAGGAAUCAGAGGUUGCAACGCCAAACAAAUCACACGCUUCGUUUGUUGCCGCGUCCAGAGGCCUAAACCUCAACCUAACCGGCUCAACGACAAAGGCGGAUCGGCGACGGAGCCGUAUUCCGCAAGGACUGCCGUCGUCACCUCGGCCAUCAGGUGCUGGUUCCCCUCUUCAUACACCGACUUUCGGGACGCAAUCGGACUCCUCCCCUCAGCUCGUUCCUCGAUGAUAUCUUAUCAGCACUCUUUCAUGAUCAACUAUGUAUUUUUUUCUUUUUUUUGUCCUUCCACAUUUCACAUUGUUGUUUGGGACCCUUUUCAUGGAUGUCAACAUCCUUCUCAACGGCAUUAUGCCAAGUCAGGCUUUACUUGUUUAUCGUGACUACUACCUUGGUUUUUCCUGUGUUUUUG